GUUCCUACAGUUUCAUCCAGCAGCACAUCCGAGAGACCGAUCCGAGGACCAUCCUGCGGGAUCUGCUGCCGGAGACCGUGCUCCCGCCGGAUUUAGACGACAUGACAUUGUGGCAGAUCAUCAUCAACAUCUCAGAACCUCCAAAAAGAAAGAAGCGGAAGGAUAUCAACACCUUAGAAGACGUAGUCCGGCUACUGCACGAGAGCAAAAGGAUCCUCGUGCUGACUGGAGCUGGGGUCUCGGUUUCAUGUGGAAUACCAGACUUUCGCUCCAGAGAUGGAAUUUACGCCCGGCUUGCUGUAGAUUUUCCCGAUCUUCCGGACCCUCAAGCUAUGUUUGACAUUGAAUACUUCAGACGGGACCCGAGACCCUUUUUCAAGUUUGCUAAGGAGAUCUACCCUGGUCAGUUCCAGCCUUCACCCUGUCACAAGUUCAUAUCUAUGAUGGACAAACAGGGAAAGCUGCUGCGCAAUUACACGCAGAACAUCGAUACGUUAGAACAAGUGGCCGGAGUCCAGCGGAUUAUCCAGUGUCAUGGUUCUUUUGCAACUGCGUCCUGCCUCAACUGUAAACACAAAGUGGACUGUGAGGCUAUAAGGGAAGACAUCUUUAAUCAGGUCGUCCCUCGUUGUCCGCGGUGUCCAGAUAUUCCUCUGGCCAUCAUGAAACCCGACAUCGUCUUCUUCGGGGAGAAUCUUCCAGAGAUGUUCCACAGAGCCAUGAAGCAGGAUAAAGACGAGGUGGACCUCUUGAUUGUCAUUGGCUCUUCGCUUAAAGUCCGACCAGUUGCCCUCAUCCCAAACUCCAUUCCUCAUGAAGUGCCUCAGGUCCUGAUCAAUAGGGAGCAGCUGCCUCACCUCAACUUCGACGUGGAGCUACUCGGCGACUGUGACGUCAUUGUGAACGAGCUCUGUCACCGGUUGGGUGGAGACUUUGAGCAGCUCUGCUACAACACUGUAAGACUCACUGAGAUCACAGAGAAACCCCCCCGGUUACCAGAACAGCCACCAAGCGAGGCCUUGCCUGCUUCCAGCGACGCGGCUCAGGAGGAGCAGAAGCAGCACAGUACAGACUCCCUAACUAAGCCUUCAGAGGAGACGCAAAGUCCCAAUGUCACAGAGACUGCCGGUAAUGGUGUUACACCUCCAGAGCCUUGUCCAAACGCCCAGUGUCCCAGUGAGGAGACGGCUGAGCCUUCAGAGUUAUCAGCAGAAGACGCACCAAAGGAGGAGGCCGCCGAAGUAAAGAGCCAAACCUCCACCCUUGAAUUUCGUCGGCGAUGCUGGAUGAGUCGAGUCAACAGAAGUCCAAUCAGCAAACGCCUUGAGACUGGCCAGUACCUGUUCCAAGCACCAAAUCACUACAUCUUCCACGGGGCCGAGGUUUACUCCGACUCUGAAGAUGAGACGUCGAGCUCCUGCGGGAGCGACAGCGACGAGUCCGAGUGCAGCGCAGACGGCGCGGACGAAGACAGCGAGCUGGAGGAGGCCAGCGCGCUCGCGGCGGGCGGAGACACACGCCUCAGAGACACAAUACAACACACUUUAGCCAAUGAGGCCGCAUCGAGUGUGCAGACAGACAGUACUUCUGAAACGACUCAGAGCACCACACACCUUUAAAUGUAAAGUACCCAGUCGACAAAGCACUAAUUGUCUUUUUUUAUAUAUAUAUAUACAGUAUAUAUAUAUGUUUCAUAUAUUUUUGACUCAUCAACCUUACUAUUAUUUUUCAUAAAGUUGAAAUUGCGUGACAACUUUGUGUGAAUAUGCAGAAAGUUUUUUUGUUUUUUUUUUGGUCACAUUGUGUCUGAAACCUCAUACUGUGUACUACUUACUAAAUAGAGCGCAGUAGCGUUUAAUUAUUA